ACUAUCUGUCUGGUUGGGGCGUGACGCGUUCUGAUAGUGGCAGUUGGGGAUGAAUGACGGUUAUGACGAGGAGGGCCGUUGGUUGUGCAGGGACGGAAGAGAACGUCCCGCAAGAGUAGAGGGAGGAAGUUGAUCUCCAGAGCUCCUCCAUUGACAGGGCCGAAGCAGCAGCCCGGGAUCAGGCGAGAGCGGGGCAAGAGUUUUCCGGCCUUCUCCAGAGGUUCCCUGCCGCCGCGAGCGCAAAUGGAGGCGAGCCUAACUUGCGCCGUCUGCUUGUCUCUCUUGGAGGAGCCCGUCACGCUGCCGCCCUGCUCGCACAACUUCUGCCGGGCCUGCGUGGUCGAGUGCCUCAGCCAAGCUCGGGGCGCUGCUGCUGCCGCCGCCGCGGAACCCUCUCCGGCUACUUCCGCCGCCUCACGCCAGGCUUCGCGGGGCCGCGACCAGCCGCUUCAGGACGGCGGGCAGGGCUCCUCCGACCGAGCGUCUCGGCGUGGCGGCGGGGCUGCAGUCACCGUCUCUUGCCCGCUGUGUCGGAAGCUCUGCUCGCUGCCUUGGGACGGCGGGGCUACCGCCCUGCCGGUCAACACCACGCUGGCCGAGGUGGUGAAGCUCUUCAGGGUCGGCAGCCACGUCAAGGCUGGCCAGGAAGCGUCGGAGGCGGCGGCCUGCUCCUCCUCGGCUCUGGCCCCGCAGCUGGCAGCGCUGGGCGUCUUCUGCAAGAAGCACCCGGGCCGCUCCCUGCAGCUCUAUUGCCGGAAAUGCCACCGCGGGGGCUGCGGGCAGUGCGUGUCCGAGGAGCACCGCGGCAUCUUCCACUCAGUCGGCCCCAUCGACGCGGUGUACCAGGAGGAGAAACUGGCCUUCUUUAGUCAUUUGAAGAAAAUUAGAAUGGUACAUCAGAAGCUGAUGACGGAAAUAACUACGUGCCCAAACAAUGAAGGGGCAGCCCUGCAGAAUGAAGAGGAGAUCAUUAAAACUGAAUUUGAAAAAAUCUCUCAUGCUUUGGAAACAAAGAAAAAACAGUUGCUUGAAGACCUUGAAAGUCAGAAGAAACGGAAAGAGAAGGAGUUUCAAAUAUGGAAGAGGAUGAAGGAAGUUCACAGGAAAACAGUUGAAAAUGUUCUGGAUGACUGUGAAAAGCUUGUAGAUGAAUGUGAUCCCCAGAGUUUCUUAGAGACUGCAUGCAGCUUGAAUCAAAGAAUGAAGACUCAGCUAGAUCUGAUGCAAAUGGCAUCCAGCCAUGAAAAUCAGUCCAAAUGCAAGCAGAUGCACAUGGAUGCUAAAUCUGUAGUUAAUGAUAUCUUAGCCUUGCAACUCACUGCAGUGAAUUUGGAUUCUGUAAAAGGGGUUUAUCUUCUGUUCUUUGAAGCAGACAUUCCUGGAGAUAGUGAACCUGUGCUUACCAGCACUGAAAACAAAUUGGAAGAGCAUAAAGAAAAACAGGAUACAUUCCAUCCUGUGGCAGGAGAGAAUACCUUUUUGAAUAAUGGUAGAAGUAUCCGUACUCAAUAUAUGUCUCUAUCGGCAACAACUAAAUUUGGGAGAAUGAGCCAUGAGGAGGCGCGUUACAAUUAUUAUUUAGCACAUCGUAUGCUUUCAGGUGGAUUACAGAUCUCAGCUCUAAACAAAAGGCAUACAUUGCGAAAAUCUCCACCUUCAAGGAUCACUACUUCAGAAGUUUCUUCUUGCAUUGGUGCUGAAGCAAAUAAUCAAAAGCAACUGAAAACACAGACACUACAAAAACAAGAUGUCCAUGAAACCAAUGUUUCCAGUUCAUUGGGUUUUACGUUUAAGCCACCAGCAGUGAAUUUUAACUUCUCUGGCUCAAACAAAUUGAAUGUAUUUAACAUGGAUAUAUCCCAGAAAGACAGCAAGAAAACCAAUGCUGCUAGCUUUCUUAAGAAGGAAAAUGUCUGUCCAGCUCAUGUAGAAACACUUCCUCCUGGAACUCUGCCCUCAUUUAAUACAUUAUCAAACUUACCCCAGACACCAUCUGUAUCUGCUUUAAACCCUCACUCUUUGGGUGUUGUGGAACAUCCAGUUCCACCUCUUUUGAAUUCAGAUGACAACUUGACAUCACACACUGCAAGUAAGGGGCCAAGCCUUGAAACAGAGAAUUCAGUCUCUUCCACACUUGAGGGGAAAUUAGAAAGCCAAGAUUCUAACACUCGAAACAUGAAUGGAUAUAAUGCUUCAGCUACACUUUCCUCUCUUGCUGCUGCUGCUGCUGCGACUACCUCCACCACUGCCAGUCCUAAUGCAGGCCCAUCAGAGAGUGGAAAGCCUUUAUUCUUGCCUUUCCCUACCAAUUCUCAAAGUGCUUGUUCUAAGGCAACUGCACUAAAGUGUUCCCAGAAUACCUCAUUUUCAUUAUUUCUACCCAAUCAGAAGACUUUGCAAGAGAACAAAACUUCCUGCUUCAGCAAGGAGACUAACAUUGGACACAGUUGGUUAGCAUCCCCUGCCAUUGUCUUUGGUAAGCACGUAGGAGAUAACUGGGCCUACAAAACAUCCAGUGGUGCUUCUGAGAAGGCAGAUGUUUCAAAACAGUCCGUACCUGGUAUGGUCUCUUCAAAUAUUAACUCUUGGAACAAUACUCCAUGUAUGUUUACUUUCAAAGGUGCCAUAAAAAAUAAUUGUGACAUUCCAACUGCUGCCAUGAUGCCUUCUAAUAAAAGCAAAAAUUCACAUGAGACGGCAAAAAUAGAAUCAAAUGACCAAAAAAAAUCUGUAGAAAAAGCCAUGCCUUCAAGAAAUGAUACACCUGUUUACAAAGACCUUAAAAAUCUAAUGUACAGGUGGUCUUUCUUCAUGGACAAGGGCCAAAAAUCAGAAGCUGAAAGCGUUCCUGUUGCUCAGCAAAAUACAGCACAUACUACCACAAACAAUGCUUUAGUUUCAGCUAACCUGACUGAAGAGAGCAAUCCAUUGGAAAGCUCUCAAAGUGCUGUAGGUCAUACAAAAUCUCCAUCAUUAACAAAUCGAGUGGGUCAGAUGGUAAAUGCAGAUUCUGAUGUAGAAGCUCUAAGUCAAACAUCCAACUCAAGUGAUUCUAGCGGUACCUCAGAAUAUUUUUCUGUUGAAGAGAAAAUACUACCUAGCUGAAAAUUGAGCAUCAGAAUAAAAUAGAACAACUUGCUGAAUAUUACAAGUCUUAAGUUAUUAGUAUUCUUAAAGAAUAAUUAAAUUUAUUUUUGAUAGAAUCCGGUAAGCACUUGAUACCUGUGUAAGUUGGCUGUCCUACUUUCUUGCUUUUAAAAUUAAUGAUUAAACAUAUCAACAUAUCGUUCAAGAUAUUUAUAGGUGCUAUAUCUAUAGGAACCUUAAGUGUAAUUGCUAUACAAAAUAUGGAUCAGUUUUUGAACGAGCAUGUCUAAGAAAGGAACCACCACAAUAAAACACUUAGGCUUUUGGUUUAUCACAACCUAGCAAAUAUAUAAAGUACUUCUGGUGUCUCUUAAUACAGUAUUUAAGUUUCAUUGCACACAAUUUUCUCAUCAGCUGCCUGUUAAUAGAACUUUCAUUUUGAAAUAUGUUACAGAAUUCUACUCAGUCUGAAUUAAUUUAUUCCUACUUAAUAGCAGAGAUGGUACAAUCACUACACUAAGUAUGAUAGGUGAUCGAUGAACCUGGAAUAUGUGGUGGUGAAAUAAAUUACUCUGUGAAUAGCAUCCAGUAUUCUUUAUACAGUGCGUUUUAUUUUUAUAACACUAAAUUCUUCCUAAUAAAUUCUACCACUUAGCAAUC